AACAAAAACACUAUUCAUGUCAUCACUCAUCAUCAUCACCAUUUCAAUUUCAAUCAAUUUCCAUUUCCAUUUCUUCCCCAAAUUCAUAUAGCUCUCUCUCUCUCUCUCUCUACUCAAUUCAAUUCAAAACCGUAAUACGGAGUAAUCAUUUAAUUAAUUACAGUAAUUAAUUAAUUAAUUAAUUAAUUGAUUCAACUCUUUCACUUCCACCUCCAAACAAUAAUUCACAUAUUCUUCGCUUCUUAUACAUUCAUGUUCUGAACUGAGUCAAUUACCGACUCACUGAGUCACCUCUUUCAAAUCGUCUUUCCAAAAUUCAAACCACCACCAUGUCAACGACGACACGCUCACCGAACCGUUCCACAGAAGACAUCGUCGAUUCAACUCCGUUUCUACCAAAUUCCAGCGGCUCCUCCGACGAAAUCAACUCCGGUCGUCGAAUUGUUCGUCGUCAGAGACUUCUCCAAGCGGCGAGAUUCCUCCGGCAAGCAAGCGGACGACGAAUGAUGCGAGAACCAUCAGUCGUUGUUCGAGAAACAGCUGCGGAGCAAUUGGAAGAAAGACAAAGCGAUUGGGCGUAUUCAAAACCUGUUGUGAUUCUUGAUAUCGUUUGGAACUUCGCUUUCGUUGUUGUGGCUGCAACUGCUUUGUUUCUGAGCAUGAAUGAAUCGCCGGAGAUGCCUUUAAGGCUGUGGAUUGCUGGUUACGUUCUGCAAUGUGUUCUUCAUAUGGUUUGUGUUUGUUUUGAGUAUAGAAGACGGAGAAGGUAUCAACGUUCUUCGUCUUCGAAUGCAGUAGCAGGUUCUGAUAGAAUUGGUGGUGCUAGCAGUGGGAACUUGAGUUCUGCUUCGAGAGAAGGUUCUCGUUCUGUUUCUGGUUCCAGUUAUGUUUCAUUGGCUCAAUUUGAUGAAGAGGGUACUAGUGUUGCAAAGCAUUUGGAAUCAGCUAAUACUAUGUUUUCAUUUAUUUGGUGGAUUAUUGGAUUCUACUGGGUAUCAGCUGGUGGUCAAGCUUUAUCCGAAGAUUCUCCUCAGCUUUACUGGUUAUGUAUUAUCUUUCUUGGUUUUGAUGUUUUCUUUGUCGUUUUCUGUGUUGCGCUGGCCUGUAUCAUUGGUAUCGCUGUUUGUUGUUGUCUUCCAUGUAUCAUUGCACUUCUUUAUGCUGUUGCAGACCAGGAAGGAGCAUCAAAGGAAGAUAUUGAGCAGUUGUCAAAAUUCAAAUUCCGAAGAGUUGAAAGUAAUGAGAAACAGACUGAUAAUAUUCAAGAACCUGCUGGAGGUAUAAUGACUGAAUGCCGGGCUGAUUCACCUAUUGAACAUGUUCUUGCUGAGGAGGAUGCGGAAUGUUGCAUCUGUCUUUCUUCUUAUGAUGAUGGAGUUGAACUAAGAGAACUUCCUUGUGGUCACCAUUUUCACUGUGCCUGUGUGGAUAAAUGGCUGUAUAUUAAUGCGACAUGCCCCCUUUGCAAGUAUAACAUCUUGAAAAGUAGUAACUUCGGUCCAGAGGAAGUGUAGAUGAUCUCGGAAAUGUUUCUAUUUGCCAUUUUGAGGAAUCUGCAUACUCUUUGAUCAUGUAUAAUGGGCGCCACAUGUCAAUACACUUCAAUACAGGCCUAUACAGUCGCGGUUGCUGCUGCUUUGUGCUGUAAUCAUGUAGUGAUAGUUGUUUUUUUAUUCGUAAUCAUUGUGGCUUUUGACUGGUUGUGUAUAUGAGUAUAUCUAUGGUGCUCAGCGCAUUCCGGCUAUAAUUUUCGUAAGAGCCAAUUUGGUUGUCAUUUUUAUAUUUGAUUUUUAUCAUCGCGUUUAUUAUCGUUGUACAUGAGUACAUGAAACCUAUAAUGUAAGUCUAAGCCAUUGUAAUUUUAUAAUGGUC